AUGUGUGAUUAUCAAAGUGGAUUUAUUUAUCAUUAUCAAAAUAUUACUGAUAUUCCUACAAAAAUUGAUAUAAUUAUUAUUAUAUUUUCAUUUUAUAUAAUAUUGAUUAAUCAAUUUAUAUUAUUUUUAUUAUUUCAAACUUAUUUAUUAUCAUCAUCACAAUUUGUAAAUAUUUUAAUUAUGAUACAAAUAACAUUUGAUACAUUUGUUUGUAUUUCACAAAUUAGUAAUAAAUUUUGUCCAUUUUUUUUAAUUACAUCAGAAAUGUGGAUCAAUAUAUUAGGUUGUCAUAUAUGGACAAGUGAAUUUUUAAAUAAUUUGUUUAAUACAUUUACUAGACAAACAAUUAUUACAAUGAUUAUUGAACAUUAUUUAUCGAUUUAUAUACCAAAUUUAAAUUUAUUAAAUUAUCCCAAAUUAUUAGGUGGUAUUUAUUGUUUAUUAGUAGUAUAUAAUAUAAUUUCUAAUUUAUAUUUAAUUCUUUUAGUUAAAUUAGAUCAAACUGGUCAAUGUAUAAUUAUUUCAAAAAUGUUAAUCAAUAGUAGUGAUCGAUUAGAAUUAAUUAUUUUCAAUUAUAUUUCAUUGAUACUUGGUGAUAUUAUACCAUUUAUAGUGAUAACUAUUAUCAUUAUAUUAAUAAUAUUACAUCAUUAUAAAAUUAAACUGAUUACAAAAGAUCAAAAUCAAAUGAAACCAUUACAAAAUUAUUUAACAUUAUUAUUAAUUAUUUGGUGUUUACCAGAAAUUUUAGUUACACUAUGUGAUAUAUGUCAACAUGUAUGUGAAACAUAUAUAGAAUAUGAAAUGAUAUGUGAUAUAACACAUCAUUGUUUAGAAUUAUUACGUUCAAUUACAUUUAUAUUACAUUCAAUGAGUUUAUUUAUUUUUUAA